AGGAUUGAAAGACUUGGAUAGGGGAUUGGAUAGGCAGGCGGACAGAGGGAUGUAUUGAUGGGGAAUUGUCAAGUCAAGUUUAUUUGUAUCGCCCUUUAUCACAAGAUAGACUCAAAGGGCUUCAAAGGUCCAGAGAUGACAAAGGUCGGCGACAUCCACAGGAAGAAUAGUCUUCACUUUGGUGAAGACUAAUGGGGAUCCUAAAAUAAACUUGAUACUUGAAUCCCCUGGUCUAAGGCCCCCAUCCGGGCAAGGAAAAACUUAAAAAAACAAACAAACAAAAAAGGAUUUGUGGAAAAAAAGAAGGAAACCUUGAGAAGGGACCACAAAUGGAAUAAUCCCCCUUCCAGAAUCACCAGGCUACAAUGUUUGCUGAGUGAGCAAAAUUUAUCACAUAGUAUAUGGUACUGUAGAAUGUUAGAGGGAGUCCAUUUCAUGAGAUGAAGCACUACAGGUAGAUGCCUCCAGGAAAGUGGUUGUUCUUCAGGAAACUGACUCGGUUGGUGGAUGAAGAAUCCUCCACAGCAACUCCUCCGGGGAAGUAGUCCACCUCAGAAUAGGCUGCCUGAACUGAACUGACUGUUGGACUGAAAGACAAGACAGAUGGAUGUUGGCUGGAUGGAGGGUUCGACAUCUGUCUAGGACGUUCUCAAAGAUGGGUGGAUGCAGAGGCACAAGGAUGGAUGAAUGGGCAGAUGAACAAGUCGCAUCGUAGGAUGGAUAAACUGUUGAAGAAUGGGCCAAGAUCUACUUCUCUUUCCCCGGGGAGCUGCUGAUGAGGAUGUUAAAGAUGCUGAUUCUGCCUCUCAUCACAUCCAGUCUUAUGUCUGGUCUGUCAGCCAUGGACACGAAGGCCAGUGGCCGUUUGGGUGUCCUGACCAUCACUUACUACCUGUGGACCACCUUCAUCGCCGUCAUCGUGGGUAUCGUACUCGUCCUCAUUAUCCACCCUGGGAUCGGCACCGAGAAGGACAGCCACCACGCCAGCUCGGGACCCGUCAUGACUUCAGCUGAUGCUCUUUUGGACCUCAUCAGGAACAUGAUCCCUUCCAAUCUAAUCGAAGCAACCUUUCAGCAGUAUCGGACAGACCUAGUGCCCAUAGUGCAGAGUUCCAACGCGAAGGAGUCACAGGCCAACUAUGUGUACGUCAUGCCUGACUAUCACAACCCCCGCCUGGGCCACCCGGUCUUCCUGGACAUCACCCCGGCACCCGACAUCAACUACAAGAUGGUGCCCAGCACGAGCAAGGGCAUGAAUGUCCUGGGGAUCGUCAUCUUCUCGGCCACCAUGGGGCUGCUGCUGGGGAAGAUGGGGGAACGUGGAGCGCCGCUGGUCAACGUGUGUCAGUGCAUCAAUGAGUGCGUCAUGAAGAUCAUUAACGCGGCCAUGUGGUACUUCCCCUUUGGCAUUGUGUUCCUGGUAGCGGGGAAGAUCCUGGACAUGCAUGACCCAGCUCACCUGGGAGAAAAGCUGGGCAUGUACUUCAUCACGGUUCUGUCCGGCCUGUUCGUGCACGGCCUCAUCUUGCUGCCUCUCUUCUUCUACUUCUUCACGCGCAAAAACCCCUUUCCCUUCAUCAGAGGCCUUCUGCAGGCUCUCGUCAUCGCCUUGGCCACGUCUUCGAGCUCGGCCACUUUGCCGAUCACCAUGAAGUGUCUGCUGGAGAACUGUGGCGUGGACCGGCAGAUCGCUCGCUUCGUGUUGCCUGUGGGAGCCACCAUCAACAUGGACGGAACGGCGCUGUACGAGGCGGUGGCGGCCAUCUUCAUCGCUCAAGUCAACGAGUACGAACUUGACUUCGGUCAGCUCGUCACCAUUAGCAUAACGGCGACAGCAGCAAGCAUCGGCGCAGCUGGAAUACCUCAAGCUGGUCUGAUUACCAUGGUGAUCGUCUUGACCUCUGUGGGGUUGCCGCCUGCCGACAUCUCUCUGAUUGUGGCCAUUGACUGGGUUCUCGAUCGCUUCAGGACGAUGAUAAACGUCCUCGGCGAUGCCUUAGCAGCUGGUAUCAUGGCGCAUGUAUGCAGGAAGGACUUUGAGAAGGCCGCCGCUGCUGCAGCCGUCGCCGUAGACGGCGUCACCCCCGCCGUUGUCAAUAACGGAGGAUCAUCCAAACGGAGAGACACAGUGAUCUCCAUGGGCAAUCAGAGCGUGACCCUGUCCGAUGCACCCUUAAUCGCGCACCGCUGCGAUUUUGUGUUCGAGGUUGAUGGCGACAACGUUUUGGAGAAACCCGUGGCCUGCUACAACCUAUGCCAAGUCUGAGACGCUUUCCCAGGACGGACCGUCAGCGGGCCUACCUUUCCACGGACCAAACACUCAUCUCACCAGAGACCAAAGGGAACCAUCAGAGACUUAAGAUGUGGCUUUUCAGUUUCUUUGCCAGUGCCAAGACAACAGAAACCUUCACUACUUGAUGUACUGUGUAUUGUGCUGUUUGUCUCAAUGGAUUUUGUAUAUGAGCAUCUGCAGCCAAUUAGAUGAAUCGGUGAGUGUCGCAUCAGACUUCUACAGUAGACCUACCCUAAUGAUGGAUUAGACCAAUCCAGUUGCCUUAACGUGAUCCCUCGUGCUAAAACAGCAGCAGCUUGAUUGACAACAAGUAUCAUUGUCAAAUCAACUUCAACCUAAGACACAUUUUCCGAAGAGUCACAUGAGAUGGUCAACUGUCUUUUUAUAACAAUGGCUAUGUUUUUUGUGUUUAUGUUUUCCAAUUAAAAGUUGGUUCACUCCA